AUGAAGCGCAUGGGUUCGCUAUUCGAUAACUGGUAUGACGACUUCAAAGCUGCAUGCUUGGAAUACGUCGGAACCACAUUCUUUCUUCUCCUCGCGUUCGGCGGUAUUCAAGCAGCACAAGAGUCUUCCGGUGGGUCGACGACUGAUGUCACCCGUAUCAUGUACAUCGCGGUCGCUAUGGGUCUCAGUCUGCUCGUAUCCGUGUGGAUCUUUUUUAGAGCAACGGGCGGGGUGUUCAACCCAAAUGUCGGCCUCGCGCUCCUCCUCACAGGUGUCGUCCAACCAUUCCGAUUCGCACUAUACAGUAUAGCCCAGUUGGUCGGCGGAAUCACCGCCGCCGCUCUCGUGUUCGCGCUGACACCGGGGCCACUGGCUUACAAUACCUUCCUCCACACAGGAGUCAAUUCUGCACAGGGAGUGUUCAUAGAAAUGUUCAUCACCGCCGCGCUAGUUAUUGCCGUGCUCAUGCUAGCAGCGGAGAAACAUCAAGCAACGCCGUUUGCACCUGUCGGAAUUGGCCUCACUCUUUUUGCAUGUCACCUCUGGGCUGUGAUAUAUACUGGAGCAGGCAUGAAUGUUGCACGCGCAUUUGGUCCUGCCGUCGUCACCGGCUUCCCAUUUAGUUCCCAGUGGGUGUACUGGGUGGGUGAUACACUCGGCUCCUUACUCGGUGCGGGUUUUUACAUAAUCUUCAAACAGAACCGCUAUUGGAGACUUACGCCCAACCAAGACACUAUGAACGACGAGGAAUCCCCGAACGUACCGCUUCAGAACGGCGUCUCCCUCAGCGCUGCGCGUGGCGCCCGCUCUAGCUCAGUAGGUCAGUCAGGCGAGCCUCACAGCGAAGACGCGACGAUCGGCACGAGGGGUGAGAAAGGCGCACAGAAUGGGAGUACAACGGGUAGCACAAUCGUGUGA